AUGGAAGAGAGUAAGAAAAAGAAGAAACCAGAAGAGCAAGUUCAAGAGCCUGAACCAGAUUUACCAGAAGCCUUACUAGAAUAUCACAUUGUAGCAAAAGAAGCAGCAAUUGAACGGGUUUUGUUUCAUCUGAAAGGACUGGAAGAAAAGAUCAAAGAAAAUCUUAAAAAAAAUGUUGUUCUGAAGGAAGAGCAGAAGGUGCUUAUCAGGCGCUUAGUAAGGCAAAUAGAAGAAAAGGAGAAAAAACGAGAUGAGCAGAAGGUUGUAACCAGAGAAGAUGUGGAGGAGUCACUGAAAGCAGUUUUUCAGCUUGUGAAGGACAAAGAACAACUUCUUCAAGAUCUGCGCUCCCAAAUUGAAGAAACUAAGAAGAAAAUUUCAGAAAAGCAGCGUGAGAGAGAUUAUUGGUUGGAAUACAAAAAUGUUGGAAGUAAAAUACAUGCUGAGAGGAUUAGCAGUCUGGAAAAAGAAACUGUGGAAGUCAAAUGUGAACUUGAAAGAACUGAAGAAUAUUAUAGAGAAGCUUUGAAGGUUGUGAAAGAAGAAAAUCAGAAACUGUUUGAUCGGCACAUGCAGUUGCUCAGUGAAGCAGCUCUUAAGAAAGCUGUGGGAUACUUAGAUAAAAACUGUCGCAGAGAGAUUGAAGAGAAUGAGUGGCUAAAGGAAGAGGUUAAGAUCUACCGAAAGGAAGAAAGUGAUUUGAAAGCUGCUGUCCAGCUUCUGGAAGAAGAAAAUACCAGUUUAGUCACAAAACUGAUUGAUAUCAAACUUCAGCAUCUAAGAGUAUCAGGGCAUUUGUUUCUUACAAAGGGAUCUGGCUUGCAUGAAGAACUUCCUAAGGAUGAAAUGAAAAGGGAAAACAGAGAAUAUGCAGCAAAGACAGAUGGAAAGAGCCUCAGAAGUGCCUUUGCAAAGAUUCAGUCUAAAACAGAUUAUGAGAAUCCUCAAGACAGUGAUGAAAAGCUGUGGAAAAAAUUUUCCACUCCAGCUCUGGACAGCUUGGAUGAAGAUGAAGAAGAGUUCCAGGUAUUCUCAAAACUGGGACCUCUGAAGAGAAAGCUGUACGUGAUUGGAAAAGCUGUGCCUACUUGUAAGGAGCCAGAAGAAAUGUCAAGUGAGAGCCACAGAGAAGACACUGUUGGUAAAUCAGAUGGGCAUAUCACAGCUGAGAUGAUCAAGGCCUUAUUUAAGGAAAAUGUUGAUGAAAACUAGACAAGCUGUGCUGUUUACACAGAAAUGUAACAUUCUCCAUUCAUUAAAUAUUUGCUCUCUUCUAUGUGGCACGGGGCUUUGAGGAAACUAUUUUAGAGUGCCUGAAUCAUGAUUAUAAGUUUCAUGAGACGUAUGUCUGUGUGGAGGCUCAUUGAAAGGUUCCUUUCCUUACCACUGAGAGAGGUCUUGUGCACUUCUUAGGGUAUUCAGUCUAUGUAGCAGCACAUAUAUCUACUAAAAGGUCUGAGCUAAUAUUUAAUUUGUGUGGUCUCCACUUGCAGAUGUAGAAUUCCCUCUUGAUCAGACAGUGAAUGAGUCUGCCCAUAUGCAGGCUGCCAUAAAACACAGAACUGUUACAAAUUACUUAAUGGUCUGCUAAAGCAUUAAUUAAUUAUUAAUUAAUUAAAGAAUUAAUUUAUACAAGCAUAAUUCAACUAUUGCUAUAAAUUGAAUGUUUGAAUGCUUUCUUAUCUGUCUCCACAUGACCCCUACUUAAAUGCAUUGAAAUAAACAAAAAUUAAUUGAAAACAAUUUAAAACUAGCAUAGAAAUCUCUAUGGUCUUAAAUAUUUUGUUUGUUUAGAAUUGGCCAAAUAUAUUGUGUAAGUCCA